AUGGCAGGAGAAGCAUUUAGAAGAUUUCUUCCUCUCUUUGACUGGGUGUUGGUGGAAAGGAGUACCACAGAAACUGUUACCAAAGGAAGCAUUAUGCUUCCAGAAAAAUCUCAAGGAAAAGUGUUGCAAGCAACAGUUGCAGCUGUGGGACAAGGCUCUAAAGGAGAGGAUGUAGAGAUUCCAGUUAGCAGGAAAGUUGGAGAUGAAGUUCUACUUCCAGAAUCGGGAGGCACCAAAGUACUUUUAGAUGACAAGGAUUAUUUUCUGUUUAGAGAUGGUGACCUUCCUGGACAAUAUAUCGACUAA